AUGGCUCGGGUGCUGUUCCUCCUUUCCUGCUCCACUCUUUGGGUCCCCAGAGGGGACUGCGUGUGCCCUGCCGUGCAAAACCUCUCCGGGGAGCGGCACCUGCUCCAGAGGUCUCGCCUCCCUGCCAGCUGGGCCUACGCACGACCACGAAUGCUGAGGUGCAGAGCCCGGGGGGAGAGCCUGCAGUGGGCCUCAUCUGACCUUGGGCCCCCUGCCUGCCGAGUAACCCCCGAGGCAGAACAGGCUGGACUUACUUCUGACACGGACGGGAAAGCCCUCGGAGAACGAGCGUGCACCGCUGCUGUUCGGAAAACGGGACGCGCGCCAAGACGAGAGAGCUGGUGGGGAGGGUCUAGGGGGAGCCGGGACAAAGAGAUCCGCAGCGGUGUUUGCACACUUCACGUGUUGACUCAGACUUCAAAAACAACGCCUGAGCCGCUGACCCCUCCCGAGAAGCCGAUGGCUGACGUCUCUCGAGUUGCCAUCUAUCUGCUGAACGGUGGCCUCCCACCUACGUAG